AUGAUUGAGUUCAAAGGUCGUUACGGACGUAUCUCCACUCGCAUUGGAUUAGCUCUGACCGGAAUCAUAAUAAUGAUUGUAUUAGGCUUAAUUCCUUUGUAUAUUCGAAAACAUAGAGCCAAUAGUUCACAAAAUGGUAUUGCAGCAUAUCCAGCUGUAUUGUAUAUUUGGUCUGGACAAGAUAUUUCCGUAUCAAAUGCUGCUGAUUUUGUUGCUGUAAUCGACUUUAAUGAAAGUUCUUCUACUUACGGGCAAAUUCUCAAAACAGUACCUCUUAGUUCCAAUGCUUCUUAUAAAAUUAAACAAUCAGGAAAUGAACCACAUCAUUCUGCUAUUUCGUCCGAUGGGACGUAUUAUAUUUCUGGUGGUUUACUCAGUUUUCUUUCGCAGCAAAAACAAAUAUUUAUCUGGCGUGUUCCACAAAAUGUUCAGGAUGGACCACAAUUUUUAUACGCAUUGGACGUACCAUAUGGAUGCCCGGACGAACUUUUAGCAAUCGGUGGCGCAAAAUUUCUUUUGAGUAUGAUGUGUAAUAAUAAUGGAGAUAGUCCUGGUAAUGUGUUAUUGAUUGAUGCUGCGACUGCUACUGUAACAUCAUAUCUCAAUAAUGCUUCGACUUUCGUUAAUUUUAAUCCUCAUGGAUUUGCUCGUCUGAAUGAUUCAUCUCUAUUCUUAGCAGAUUACAUUCGACCUGUUACAUUAUUUGGUAAUGAUUCUUCGAAGAUAUUAUUUCGUAAUACGGUUCGAUACUUCUCAGCAGAUGGAAGUUUAGAACGUACAUUUCAAUUUAAUUUCUCUAAUGAAUCCAGAGAAACCAGUGGAGUUGGACAAGGCAUUGGUUUUAUGGAUGUUAAAAGUAUUCCAAACGAUUCACAAAAACGUGCAUAUUCAUGCGGUACCAAUGAUAAUAUAUUAUACUUGAUUGGACCAGAAAUAGCUGAAGCUCAGCCGGUUUUCGACAUUUCCGAAGUUAAUAAUUAUGUAAAACGAAUCAGUGCAGGGCUGAUUUCAGUUUCUUCUGACGGUACACGACUGUUAAUGACAUUUCAAAUGCGAUUUAUUAUUUUAUUUAAUAUAACACAGCCUAAUUAUCCAGUAAUUCUUGAUGUAUUUGAUUUUUGCUAUGAUGAAACACUUGAUAGUGUACCAAUUUUAAAUUCUGAUACAAAUGAAACAAGUACUUUUCGUGAAUAUUGUGCCAAUAAUAAUAAUAUAACAGGUUCUCAUGUGCUUUUACACCCAAAUGGAGAAAAUCGAUUUAUUGUGAUGAAUUAUUUUCUCAAAGCUGGUCUUGCUCAAUUUGCUGGUACACGAUCAGUACAUGUAUUUAAACUUAAUGAACAAUUAACAAAUUUUACCUAUGAACCUCGAUUCAAUCCAAACUUUCAAUUUAAUUAUACAUCACAACAACAGUACUUAACGUUUCAUUCACUCAAAGCAUAUCCACAUCAUGUUCAAUAUUUACAAUUGUAA